CGAUAUACAAGAGCAAUUUUCUAAUACAAGAAACAACUUCUAAUUACUCUGUUCUGUUCUGUUCAAUCUUUAACGUCUGCGGUAUAUGAUAUGUGAGCCACAUCGUUUCCAAUACCAAGACAGGGAUAAAUACUGACAUCAACAACUACAAGGAAAGGUAUAGUUAGGGCUGGCAUGUCUGGUUUACUAGGAUAGGUACUGUAGAGGAAAGGGGGUAAUUAUUGAAAUUGAAAAUUGGGGUGGACGGUGAAACAGGAUAGGAUGUAAAUAAGGAGAUAUUCAAACUAUCUUAGGAUUUGGCCAGACAAUCCUAUGCAGAUUAUCUGCCGGCACCGAACAGUAAUUUGUAUUUCCAUACCAGUUCGUUCCACAUUUUUGCUGCAUAAUACAACUCAAGAGGAAUCGAACUCUCGGCUUUUUGAGUCAUGACACUGAUGGUCAAGCCUCUAAGCCAAGACGGCAGGCCGAAUACUCACAUGAGCAAGGUCCGGAAAAAUUCACCAGUCAUUCAAUAAAUAGAACCAUCUGCAUAAUUAUACAAAUUGGCCUCUUCAGGUUUGUCUGAACAACUGCUGAUCUUAACUUAAGCAAUUAUUACACUAGAUGCUACUUUAAUUUUUCGUUGUGUUCAAAGUUUUCUACGACCAUUCAAAGUCCAGGCAGAUUAAUACUGUUUGCAGGUUUUGUGUACUUGACCAUGAACUUGUAUUAGAUUUCGUUGUUACCUACUCCAUGAGUAAGUAUUAAAGGUCCAAAGUUCGAGAUGUUUUGAUUAUUUGACUUUUGGUCACUGUUGUGUGACAAGUCCAGUAUUAUUACAAACAAAUUUCUUGGAAACCUUCCUAUAUAAACCUGCGAGAUUUUCGCUUCAUCUGUAUUAUUCACUUAAAAAAUUCUUACAAUUAGUUGUUCCCACCCUCACAGCAGCAGAAUUAAUAAUGGCCAAAUUUUUCACCUUUUUUGCCAUUUUCGCCUUUUACAUUUUUGAAACAACAAUAGCUCAAAGUCAAGCGUAUCCUAAUUACAUCCAACAAGACAUCAAAUGGACUCGUGCCAUUAAUGCAAAACUUUGCUCGCCUAAUGGACAUCAUGAAGCCAUUGCCCAGCAAUUUUACGCUUGCUACAACGAGGGCAUCGUUCCCGGUGCAAAUCAAUAUACCGCAUGUCAAAACUCUAUUUACGGAGUGCAAUUGAACAAUGUGAGAAAUAUUGGUGUUGUUUGUGCCGCUGGAAACGAUAAAUUACGAAAGUACGCUGCGUGCAUCGUUACCAGACUCCACACUCAGAGCAUCCGUGCUUCCGAUUCGAUCCACAAGUUGAACGUGUGCCAAGGAGGAGUUUUGGGUGUAUUGCCACCAUCAUAAUCAAAAUUAGAAAUGCUUAACAAUUUGUGAAGGAGCAGUCUUGUUUAGAGAUAAAUGGGAUGGGAAUAAAAAGAAGUAUUUAUGAAUGA